AGCAUUAACAGUGCUAUACAUUGAGUGUAAUAUUAAUAGUAUUGAAGCGCUUAUUGUAUAUCAUUAUUGCAGUCAACUGUGUAUUACAAUACUGUAGUCACGCUUUGAGAGACCAAACAGUCAGUCAUUAUUUGAUUCAUUGUUGAUACCAUUGUUGUCCUCCAUCUGUGGCACACUUGUUGUUACCGAUUAAAGAUUUGUCUCAACCCAUAGUCUCAAAGCACCGGUACUUAUAAUGUCGGCAAACGAUUCCAAGGGAGAAGCGGGUGACGCAAACUCGGAGUACAUUAAGUUGAAAGUGGUUGGACAGGACAGUAACGAAAUUCACUUUCGGGUCAAAAUGACCACACAAUUCGGUAAAUUGAAAAAAUCUUACUCCGAAAGGGUUGGCGUUCAGGUCGGUUCACUUCGCUUCCUGUUUGACGGCCGACGUAUCAAUGACACGGACACACCAAAGCUUCUGGAGAUGGAAAACGAUGACGUGAUAGAGGUUUAUCAAGAACAGAGUGGUGGACAAUGAGUGGACGGCAUAUAUUUGGUCAGUCUUUUAGACCAAACUAACCAUAAAACGCAUUGUUUUUUUCAUUUUUUUUAAUUAUAAAUUUAUUAUUCAAUCAAUCAAUUAAUUCAUUUAGUUAUAAUACAAACGAUUCAAAAUUAAUACUUAAUUUGUUUAUCAAAUCAGAGAAAAUGUUUAACGUUUACGACAACAUAAUUAUAACAGUAUUUGUAAUUUGAUAAAUCACUCCGAUUUUAGUUUUAAUAAGUACUACACAACACUAUACAAAACUGAUGUAUAUUUAAGUAAUCAUUAAUUUGUGAUCAAAAUUUGAUAAAAUGUAUAAAAAAUAGAAAUAUAUUGAAAAUAAUUUUUAUUUAAUUAAUUAUCAUUUAGUCGAACUGUAAUUUAUCGUUAAAAAUGUCGAUAACUCUGUAUUUUCAUUAUAUUUUUGUUUAUCGAAAUAAUUAUAUUCAUUAACAGAUUUUUUUUGUCAAUCGAUAAAUC